UUUAAUGAAUUAAAUAAACAUACAAAUCAGAUAGAAAAUGAAGAUACUGGACAACAAAAAGAUUCACAAAUUGUAAAAAAGAAAGACUCAGCAAUAAAAAGUUUUUUUUCUUCAAAUAGACAGCAGAAUAAAUCUAAUAAACAAACCAAAUUUGACAAAUAUCUUCUACUUCCUAGAAUAGAUCAAACAAAAAAAAAUGAUCCAUUAUAUUGGUGGAAGCAACAAAAAUCCAAUUUUUCAAUUCUUUGCAUACUUGCAAAAAAGUACCUUGCAAUUUUCAUUUCUUCAGUUUUUUCAGAACACUUAUUUUCAGAUGCAGGUAAUCAUGUAAUUCCCAAAAGAAAUUGA